AUGAAAGAAAACUAACCAAAUAUCUUAAAGAAGAAAAUAUUUUUUUAACUGACUGGUUAGAUAAGCAAAAUUAGCAGCGAUAAUCCUCCUGCGCAUAGAAGAAUUCUAGAAUAAAAGAAUGAAAUUAUUUAAUAGCAUAACACUGUUUAUUUCGAUAAGUAGACUCAUCCUCAAUAAUUCAAAUAAGAUUGCGCAAAUAAUACAGAUUUAUAAUAAAAGCUCUCAAAAACUUCUACAAGAAGAAUUUUUGAUUAAAUAUAAUUUAGAUAGCAUGAAAUUACUCUUAGAAACAACGAAACAUCAAAGAAUAUUAAAAAUAACUACAUGUAUGGUCCUUAGUCAGACCGCAUUUAAAAGGGCUUUGUCACUCAAAGCAUGUCUAAAAGAUUACUAGGAGUUAUAAAAAACGCCAGUAAUCAAUAAAGUUACUAGAACUAAGGAGAUACUCAGUGCAACUACGAUGAUGAAGAGGAUACUUUAGACGAAUUUAAUAUUUUGCUGAAGUAGAAGUAACCUCCUUAAUAAGAAACUUCUAUCAAAUUUAGUAAAGAGUUUCGAGUUUUUAAUUUGUUAGUUCAAUUUUUAUAAUUUGAAGAUCUAUUAAAUAUUAAAUAUUUAUGCAAGUUAUUUUGCUCAAAUAAGUAUUCAUAAAGUAUCAAAAAGAGAUUGAGCUAUUUUAUAUCUUAAGGAUUAACUGAAAGCCAACAAUAUUUUUUAUGGGACUAAUACAUUAAUUUUAACUCUGUUUAAAAAAAAUAUGAACUAUAAUACUAUAACUAUACGCUACUUCCCUCUUAAUCAGACAUGGAAAUAUUAAAAGAUAUAGAUAGAACAAUUAUUUUUUAAGGUGAAAUGAUUUCAGGAAAGCAAAAAGAAAAACUAAAAAAAAUUCUAAGAGCAAUCAGUCAUAAUUCAAAAGAUGUUGGAUAUGUCUAAGGAUUAAAUCAAAUAGUAGGAACUCUCAUUCCCUUAAAUCUUAAAGAAAAUGAAAUAUAUUGGAUUGUUCUGUAUUUUCUAAAAAAACUCAAACUAAAAGAAAUGUAUAAAGAAGGAUUUCCAAGACUAAAAAUUUUGACCUUUUAAUUAGAAAUUUUCAUGCAAAAUUAUCUCCCAGAGCUGCUGUAAUAUUUAAAAGAAAAUAAUAUAUCUGUCAGUUAUUUUUGCACUAAAUGGUUUAUAACUCUCUUUUCCUAUGAUUUGGAAAGCAAAACAAUACUAAAAAUAUGGAAUCUAUUUUUGAUAAAGGGGUGGAAAGUACUCAUCCGAAUUGCUUUAGCUCUCUUAAAGUUAUUCGAAAAAAGUAUUAAGUCAGAACCAGUUGACAGUCUCUCAGAUUAUAUAAGAAAUUUUGCAGAGCAUAAUUAAAAAUCAGUGAAUGACAUAGAAUUGAUAAAAAUUGCAUUCUAAUUAAAAGUCACAAACAGACUUCUUUUAAGUCUAUAAAAUAUUUACGAAUAGCAUGCUUCUUAUAAUUUUAAUGUUCACAAUUUAAAUAUUUUACUCUUUUAAAAUCACUUGUUAAAUAAUGUUUACGAUUGGAAAAUUCUUCCUUAGGCACCUCAUUUUGAAGGUCUUAAUUCUAUUUUAGAAAGGUUAAAUGCUCACACCAUGGUUGCUGAUUAUAUCAAUGAACUUUCUUCAAUAUAAUCAUAAAGGAGAUCAUAAAAAAAGUAAAAAGUUUAAGAUAUCGAAUUUAAAUAGCAAUAAUUAAAAGGUGUUUCACUUUUGAAUAAAAUUCCUCAUAAAAAAAGUCAUUAGAGAAGUCUUUCUUCAACAAGAUAAACAAAUAUGCUCUUAAAUUAAUUUGAUUUCCCUCAAACAAGUGUAAAUGAUAUAAGAUUUGGGAGCAAUAAAAAAGAACAAACAAUUUAUGAUUCAAGAAGCAAAAGUAUUCCUCACACAACUGAGCCAGGUUAAAAAGACGAACCUGGAUUCUUGCAAUUGAUUUAGAAUAAAAUUAUUUCAAUCUUUAAUAAUCAAGAUUAAUAAGAUUUUUAGAGAUAGUAAAGUAGAUCUCGUAUUGAUGAGAGAGAUACUGCUUACAGUGUGAAUAUUAAACCAUCAUAUAUUAGGCAAUCAAGUACUCCUCAAAUAUUUUCAAGAAAUCAAACACAAACUAAAUAUUAUGACUAAAUUUUAGAAGAUUUUAAAGAAAUAAAUGAUUAAAAUAGAGAUGAUGAAGAUAUCCAAAGCAAAAAUAAAUAAAUUGGGCAAAUUUAAAUAUAACAACAAUAAAUAUAAACACAACAAUAGUAAUAACAAUAAUUAUAAACACAACAAUUGUAAUAACCAUAAUUGUAAAUACAACAAUAACAAUAAUUAUAAUUAUAGUAAUAUUAGUCAUCACUGUAAUAGGAAUAAUAUUAAUAAAAAUAGUUAUUAUAGUAAAAAUCAAUAGUUAAUUAAUCAUAGUAAGUCAAUUAAGUUUUUAAUACAAAUAUGACAGAUGUAAACGAAUUUGAUUACACUUAUGCAAGACCAAAGCAAACAUUUACUAAAUAUAUGAUUAUGUAGAAGCCUGCAAAUCUUGACAAAAUAUAGUAAAAUGUAUAGCUAAUACAAAUGCAAUAAACUUAAACUUAGCAAAUUUAAGCUUAAAUGAUACCUACAAUGAAGAUAUAGUAAAUGCAACAGAGAUAGUAAUAAUAUUAAUAGUAAUAAUUCUAAUCAAAUUAAGUUAAAGUAAUAAGCCCAAGUGUUUCUCCAGAUUUCAGAGCGAAAAACAAUUAGAUGGUUUAAUAGAGAGUAUUUUUACCAUAACAAUAGUAAUAAAUUUAAAGUAUUUAGAGGAUUGUUCCAAUAAACAGUAAUGGAAUGAUGAUAAUAAAUCAAAAAUAUUGA